CAAACCAACUCUCUCUCUCGAACAAUUCAUGAAUCAAUAAUCACGCAUCAUCCUCAUCGUCAUCAACCAACCAACCUCUUCUUCAUCCAUCCAUCAUCAAUGUAAAAUUUCCCCGAACCAAAAUCACAACUGAUUCUCCCCUCCUUCCUUCCCAAUCUCCCUCAACGCUUGAAUCGCUCUCUCGUUUUUUUUCUUUCUUUUUUUAAACUUUACCAAUCGUCUCAAAUCAGAAACACUCAACCGUCCGCCCAUCUUUCAAAAUCACUUUUCCCCUAACUUCCUUUUUUUUCUUCUUAUUUUCUGUUUUUUUUUUCCCGGGAAAUUUUUUUAUCUCUCUGUCAUGAUAAUGAUAAUGAUCCUUUAUUAGGUUUCAUUGGGUCCGAUCUCUCUCUCUCCCCCUCUUCUCUUCGCAGACCCUAGUAAACCCUAGAAUCUCAAAUUCGAUACUCUUUUCUUCACCCUUUACUCUCUAAUCAUUCAAACAAUACCUCUCUAGGGUUUACUGGGUCUACUUCUACUUCUCACUUAUAGAAUCGGUCCUUGUCCAUGGCGUAUCAAUCGAUUCCGGGCUCUGCGUUUCACUACUCCAACUCUCCUUUCGGUGACACAACCUUCACCAAGGUCUUUGUUGGUGGCCUCGCCUGGGAGACUCAAAGCGACACUCUUCGCCGUCAUUUCCAACCCUUUGGUGAUAUCCUCGAGGCUGUUGUUAUUACCGAUAAGAACACUGGUCGUUCCAAAGGCUACGGCUUUGUGACUUUCCGAGAUCCUGAGGCUGCUAGGAGAGCCUGUGCCGAUCCAGCACCUAUUAUAGACGGCAGACGUGCUAAUUGUAAUCUCGCUUCCCUUGGGAGGCCUCGCCUUCCUAUGCAGUACGCCAUGAUACCUAAUCUCCCUGGACGGAUGAGACCUGCAUCCCCAUAUGCGCAGGGUCCUCGCGGUUCACUCUUUGGAAGCCAUCCCUAUCAGCAACCACCUGCCUAUAGCUACCACCAAGGCAUGAUGUACCCUUAUGGGGUUACACCAUAUGGACCUGAGUACAUGUACUCACAGUCUCAAGGCUUAUAUGGUCCUUACGCGGGGCAACAAUACCUUCAGAUUUAUGGAGUACCAGGUGCAGUUAACUCACCAGGCUACCAAUACGGGCAGUUGAGUCAAAACAUCCCCGUUGGUCAGGGGUACACAUCAUCAGUACAGGGGUAUUCAGUUCCAGGAAGUCAUAAUCAAUCACCUUACCCUUCAGCUGUAGCAGGUCCCGCCCCAACGCAGUCCCAUUUCAUUGUCCAGACUCCUCAGCAUAUGCAGAGUAGCGGUUCUGAUCAAACAACAGGAGGUGAAGGCUAGAUGGGCUUAAUAAUCCUUGAAGACUGCAGAAGGGGGAGAAGUUGCUACUCUGAGUAGUGGCAGGGUUCCUGUUUAAGCUUUGCGCAUUAUUUAAUUUUAUCAUAUUCUAGGUUGUAAGUAAAGUAGUCUUGCUCACUGAAGAAGAAGUCAAAAAAGGGUAAAGGACAAUGGAAGUUUCAGGGUUGGUGCUUCUGUUAUCUUUGUCCCCUCGUCAUAUAGAUACGAAUGGUUUCACACCGGAAACAUGGGGUUCUCGCUGGAAACUGGUAGUAAAAAGCAUGGUGUACAAAGAAAAAGCAUAUACAUUUAUAUAAAAGUAAAAAAAAAAACAAAAAACAGAAAAAAAAACAGAUGCAUAUAGAAUGGUGGAAUCAAAAUCUGAUUCUUUGGGGUAGUUUACUAGGUUUUUUAGUAGUCUUCUUGCUAUCACUUUCUUAAGGCAUAAGGAGUGUUAGUAAGAAGAUUGUUAGGUAGCUUUCUAUGUCCUCGUGAGUCGAGUCCUCUGCAUUGUAAAAAAGAAGUAAUGUGUCUAUUGAGCUCACUUGGCUUCUGGUCUGUGCAUAAAUUUUAGCUUCAGGGACCCUUUUUUCUUUUCCAUGUUUGUACAGUUUCUAGACUGAUAAAAUUGUUAUUCCAGGAUCGAUCUUACUUAUUGUUUAUGUCUUUGACUCAAUCUUCUGCUGAAUUUCCUCUUGGUUUUAAUCAACUCCAUUUUUCUUGUUA